AUGGACAAGGAUGUAAUUAUUUUUGAGAAUAGACCACCCAUUAUGGAUGGGUCUAACUAUGACUACUGGAAACCUCGUAUGGAUGAGGGUCACACUGAAGGUGGUCAAGCUGAAGAGAAAGAACCUGAGAAGACCAAUGCUGAUAAGUAUAACCAAAAGGCUUAUGAGGAGGAAGGGAAGCAAGCUGUGGAUGAGGACUCUCUGAAGAAAAAGACUGUGGUUAAGCCCAGUUCUGUUGGCCCCAAGAAAUCUUGGAGCAAAGUGGUGCCUAAGAAGAAAAAGGCUAGAAUUAUUGCUGAGAAUGAGUCGGAUUCUGAUGUUGCUCUGGAUGUCAAUGACAUCCCUCCCAAGAAGAAGGCCUCUACUAGCAAGCUUGCUGCUAGUGUCCCUGAAGUGCCUAUUGAUAAUAUUUCUUUUCACUAUCCAUCCAGUGUAAUCAGAUGGAAAUAUGUCUAUCAGAAAAGAUUGGCCUUAGAGAGGGAGCUUGCUCAGAAUGCUCUUGAGUGUGAAGAGAUUGUGAAUCUCAUUCAUGAAGCUGGGCUGAUAAAAACCGUGACUCAAUUCUCCAAGUGUUAUGAAGUCCUUGUGAAGGAGUUCGUUGUGAAUUUACAUGAAGAUUGUGCCAACAAGAAAGCUAAGGAUUACUUGAAAGUGUUUGUCAGGGGAAAUUGUGUUACCUUCUCCCCCACUGUGAUCAACAAAUUUCUGGAAAGAUCCAAUGAAGCUCAGCCUGAGUUGGAAGUGUCUGAUAAUCAAAUGUGCAAGGUAAUUACUGCUGGAAAAGUCAAGACGUGGCCUGUCAAAGAAAAGUUGAAUGCCAACAAGCUAAGUGUGAAGUAUCAUAUACUUCACAGGAUUGGAGCUGCCAACUGGGUGCCAACUCAACACAAGUCUACAAUUUCUGCUGUUCUAGGUAAAUUCAUCUUUGCUAUUGGUACUAAGACCAAAGUCGACAAUGGGACAUAUAUUUUUUAG